GGCAGUUGGACACUUUAAAGCCUUUCCAGCUCAGGCUCGGGGGCCUGGGAGUCUGUGUUCUCAUUGUCUCCUGUCCCCCUCUGGCCAUAGGCAUCUCUGGGAAGAGCCAGAUCCUUUUCGCUCUCGUCUUCACCACCAGGUACCUGGACCUGUUCACCAACUUCAUCUCCAUCUACAACACAGUCAUGAAGGUGGUUUUUCUCCUCUGCGCCUAUGUCACAGUGUACAUGAUCUACGGGAAAUUUCGGAAAACGUUUGACAGUGAGAAUGAUACGUUCCGCCUGGAGUUUCUUCUGGUCCCAGUCAUUGGCCUCUCCUUCCUUGAGAACUAUAGUUUCACUCCCCUGGAGAUCCUCUGGACUUUCUCCAUCUACCUGGAAUCAGUGGCCAUCCUGCCCCAGCUCUUCAUGAUCAGCAAGACAGGAGAGGCCGAGACCAUUACUACUCACUACCUGUUCUUUCUGGGGCUGUACCGGGCACUCUACCUAGCCAACUGGAUCAGGCGGUACCAGACUGAGAAUUUCUACGACCAAAUUGCAGUGGUAUCUGGAGUGGUGCAAACCAUCUUCUACUGUGACUUCUUCUACUUGUAUGUGACCAAAGUCCUAAAAGGAAAGAAGUUAAGUCUUCCAAUGCCAAUUUGAGGGCCCUCAGGGAACAAGGACAUGAAGCCAACUGAGAUGUUCUACUGAGCGACUCUUACGUGACUCAGACCAGUGUUAAAAUUAAAGCCAGAAAAAUGCUCAGUGUGGAUGGAUUUCGGCAAAGCACUGGUCAUUUUAUCUAGAAGACCUCACCAAUAUCUCCUUUAUAGAGGUAUUGAAAAAUCCGGGCCAAUUACACAAAAAUGGUGCCAUACAGCAUCAACAGGAGCAUUAAGAAACCUUAGGUGCCUAACUCACGAAUGGGUCAAAUAAACUACUGUUCCCUAAGGCCCUAGCGUGAGACUGCGCCAAAGCCAAUCCCAGUUGGGAAGGAUGUCCUUCUGAGUACAAGGCAAACAAGUCACCAGCUCCGGCAAGACUUAAGCAGUCUCACGCCUGACCUUUAAAAUCAACUCGAGUCUUACUGUGGCUCAGAGUAGUUCCACACUCAGUACUUUAAGUAACAAUCCUAGGUGAGUACCAUUAGCAUGAUGACCAUUUUACUGAUGAGAAAACAUACCCAAGCCUUUACCUACUAGGUCGUUUUAUUGCUUUGUGACUUGAUUUUUUUGUAUUAACAUCAAUCAGUCCCAACUCCUUUUCACAUUUUUAGGUGCUAACUAAGGCAAUUUCCAACAUCCCCAACCCUGAUCUUGAAGCAAAUAAGAACCUUAUGUAAGAGGACUACCAUUGGACUACAGUCAGAAUUUUUAAGUAAUAAAAAGCUCACACCUUA